AUGGCCAUUGAUUCUGAAAAGGUACCAGGAUUGUCAGCGCACUUGUUUGGAUGUGUGGUAGGGAAUCUACAUAAGCGCACUUUUCACGCAUUGAGACUGAUUCAGGAGGCAAUACGAGCUCAUGAAAAUUUGGACGAUCCGUACUUGGAAAGCAAAUUACGUUCGACCAAUCCUGAUUGCAUUCGUGCGAGUAAACUAAAUACGAACAAAGAGACGUUUUCAGUGUCUUAUUCACUAGUUAAUCCGUUAAAAGAGUUUGUUCUUUUUACUUUAUUUGUCGCAGGAAAACUUACUUUUUUUUUCUUAGAAACUAUCGUAGAAACUGUAUCAGCGAUCGAAGGGGCUCUAGCUAGAGCAGUUCCUUAUUGUAAGGUAGAUUUGCCGUUCAGUAUGUAUGCAUUUGAACAUUUUGAGGCAAUACAGUUGCGAAACACGUUGUCUGUAGCUCCUGAAAAGGAGUUGAAUAGAACAUUUCCUAGUCGAUUCCGCCUUGAUGAUUUUGGUCAUUAUGUGGCAAAAGCGCUGGAAAAGAACCCAACAAAUGUUGCUGCGCUUAAUUUAGCUGGAUUGUACUGGAGGAUUAAGGGGAGCGCCCCAAAUGCGAUUGAGUGUUUCCGGAGGGAAGAGCGGACUGAAAUAAUUUUCGCUUUGGGCAAUCUGCUUCAUAAAGCUGGGUAUUCAGGUGAAGCAGCGGUUUUGUAUCAGAAUUAUUUUCAGCUUGUUCUGACAGAUCUUGAUGAUGCUCUUGUGCACCUGGCAUAUGGUGAUGCCUUGACUUUAACGAUGAACCGAACUGAAGCAAUUACAGAGUUUGAAAUUGCUCACUCAAAGAACCCGAGCCUUGACGCGAUCUACAAGGCUUCAGCUUUAAAAUGCGACCUGAAACUGAUCAGCGAAAUGGAGAAACAACAUAGUAAUUUGGAGCAGACGAUAUCUUUGAAGAAUUCGCAAAAAGAACGAUUUGAACAUGUACGUAAGCUUGAGGAGUCCAUUCGUCGGAACUCAGCGGAUGCUGAAGCACGUUUACAAGCGUCUCUGAUAUAUGAUUAUUUUACUUAUGGAAGUCUUCCUUACGUUGACUGUCGUGGAUUGGAACAGUCAGGAAGAUCGAUGAUGCACUGCUAUUUGCGUGAUAGCGACUGGUCACGUUAUCGGAAUGUAGUAGACGCGAGGCAUCAGAGGAUGGUGAAAGAUGUGCUGUGUCGCGCUGCUCCUAAUAAUAAUGGAACUGUUUUGUGGACUGUUAGUGAUGGGGAUACUGCAUCGACGGAGUUGUUGUCGUUUCUAGAAGCUCUGAAGCCAAUGUAUGGAGUAACUAUGGACGAACCGAUGACAAAGCCUUUAUAUCCUCUCGAACCCGAUAACAUCAAUAAUAAACUGCUGAAGAAUUAUUUGAACGAAAACUGGCCAAAUAGGACUUACUGCGAAACAAACCGCUGGUUUCUUUUUCCGCUGAAUCACAAAACUGUUCCACAACUUUUUAUGAGUCCAGAGAACAAGGGAUUCCGAGUUUCUGAUCUUUUGGUGAAAUAUCUAGGACUUUCUCCGCUUCAAGAACAUCCGCUACCUUGGAACUCUCCUUUUUGUGGUUCACUUGCAUCACCGAGUCGUUUCGUUUCAUCGCUGUUCAAGUUAGAGGGCGUUAAGCGAGUUUUAUCUCUUUCCCGAUCUGAAGAGUUUGCCGAAAAAGAGCUUAAACCACUGUUUCAACGACUCACUGGGACUGACGGGGAGAUUGGUCCUCGAUGGAUAGCAUUUAAUCUUGCAGCUUUGUAUUGGCGUAUUAUUGGAGCUCCCAGAUUGGCUGUAGAAUGUAUUCAUGGUGCUCUUGCUGCGAACGCUGACCAGUAUGCUGAUGUUGCAUUAACGCAGUUGGCUCAGUUGGUGAUUCGUUUUGCUUCUGAAGAGGAACAUUUUAGUGAUGCAGCUGCGAUUCUCAAUUUAGCAAUGAAGGUUGAUCCCAACGAGCCUAUAACACACUUGCUAAGUGGUAUAGUAAGCCACUUACAGUCAAAGCAUCGUUCUGCUUUGAAGUAUUCUCGGGCUGCUGUUGUGCUUGAUCCGCAAAUGGAAUCUGCUGUUGAUUUUCUCGUUUACCUUCGUUGUUACAAAAAAAUACCGUUGGACUAUGGAGGCGAAGAAAGUUUGAAGAGGAUCAGUGAGAUUUCUACACCUUUGCUGCCAAACUUUCCUGUCAGUCAAACUGAGGUGCUGUAUACUGGGGACGACCUUGGAAACAAUGAUUACACAGAAGCAUGGGAAGAAAACGUUGCUGUCGACAUUAUCCCUUUUCCAGAGUUUCCUUUGUCUUCGUACCAAAUACUUGAUAGGAGACAAAUGCUGAUGUAUGAUGCUGCAUUGCCCGAGGUUUUACCAUUGCCUCCUAAAGAUCUUGUUGAAAGCGGCCUUAAAUAUUUGCCAAUGGUUAGAGUAUUGGAAGCAAAUUUCUGUUCAAAUGGAAAAACGACUCUUUCUAUGCUGCGUGAACAAGCUACGUCGACGUGGGUGUCAGUCACAGCUAAAGGGGUGAAUAUGGAAGAGUUUAUGGAUUUGAGUGCUCCUGUUCCUGCAUUGGCGGGGUUUGAGCCUGUUUGUCCUGAACUUGACAUGCCAUCUCCGUUGAAAACUUUUGAUCACUUGCCGGCGUAUCAUCUUCGUGACCAGUUUAUUUUUUACAAACCUGAAAUUGGCCUUGAAAAGGCAUUCAAGACGCUAGGAAAUGAGAAGGAGCGUAUUGAACAUGUAGCUGGUCGCCUAAUGCUUGCAAUGAAAGUUUCUAAACUGAAUUCAAAUACAAGAAGUAGGCAAGAUGGUGGAGUGCAUUGGACACUAUCUACUGCAUCAACUUUGUAUUGGAGAGUUAAGGGAGAUGCGGUCAAUGCUAUUAAGUGCUUGAGGCACUCGUUAAACAAUGCUCCUUCCGACAUGACGGACGUUGCAUUGGUAAGCAUGGCAAACAUAUAUCACCAAGCUGGGUUGCUUCAUAGUGCGUUGAUUUCUGGAGGUGCAGCGCUUACAAUAUCUCCGAAGCUCGUUGCUGUUCACGUCACUCUUGCGGACAUCUAUGCAUCAAUGGUUACACUUUUGUCAUACCUUCAAACUAGCUCAUUCAAAGCAAGGCUUCAAACUGUCGAAGCAGGUGACUACCAGCAUGCUUUGCAAUUCUACUACUCAACACUUUCACUACAGAAGAAUUUCGGGCCUGCCAAAGACAGAAUCCGCACGAUAUAUUGCCACACUGGCAAGACUAUCGAGUUUUGA